AUGGAGCUAACUAUUACACAACCUGAUGAUUUUCAUCUCCAUCUUCGCGAUGGUGCUCUUCUUGAAGCUGUAACCCCUCACAGUGCAAAGCAUUUUGGAAGAGCUAUAAUCAUGCCCAAUUUGAAACCACCUAUCACCACUACAUCUUCCGCUAUUUCUUAUCGAGAAUCAAUUUUGAAAGCAAUACCUAAAACAUCCAAUUUCACUCCUCUCAUGACACUUUACCUCACUGAUGCUACAACUCCUCAUGAGAUUCAACUUGCAAAAAAAAGUGGAUUUGUUUAUGGUGUGAAGCUAUAUCCUGCUGGUGCUACAACAAACUCUCAAGAUGGUGUUACAGAUCUUUUUGGAAAUUGUUAUUCUGUUCUUGAGGAAAUGGUUGAGCAAGGUUUACCAUUAUUGGUUCAUGGAGAAGUCACAAAUCCUGAAGUUGAUAUAUUUGAUCGGGAAAAGGUCUUUAUUGAAACAAUUUUAGAGCCUUUAAUUCAAAGGCUUCCGCAAUUGAAGGUUGUGAUGGAGCAUAUUACUACCAUGGAUGCUGUUAAGUUUGUAGAAUCUUGCAAAGAAGGUUAUGUAGCAGCAACUGUUACGCCUCAGCAUAUUCUUCUCAAUCGAAAUGCAUUGUUCCAAGGUGGCUUACAGCCUCACAAUUAUUGUCUUCCCGUGCUUAAAAGAGAGAUCCACAGACGGGCUAUUGUUUCAGCUAUCACUAGUGGAAGUAAACGAUUUUUCCUCGGAACUGAUAGUGCUCCACAUGAUAGGCGUAAUAAGGAACGUACUUGUGGAUGUGCUGGCAUAUACAACUCCCCAGUCGCUUUAUCACUAUAUGCCAAGGUUUUUGAAGAGGCUGGUGCACUGGACAAGCUGGAGGCAUUUACAAGUUUUAAUGGACCUGACUUCUAUGGUAUCCCCAGAAACAAGUCAAAGAUUAAACUGAGGAAAUCACCUUGGAAAGUACCCGAGUGUCUGUCAUUUCCUUUUGGAGAUAUUAUUCCCAUGUUUGCUGGUGAAACACUUGAUUGGGAGGCAUUGCUUAUUUGA